UUUUAAAAAAUAAAUGUUUUUUAAGGACAUUGCAAACAAAGAUAUGCAAUUAAAAAAGGAAUUUGUAGAUGUAAACAGAGAUGAGCAAUAGCUAUUGUGAAGCUGUUUUAAAAGCCAUCGAAGAAGAUGCCUUGGGAUCAGAGUUCCAAAUUGCACUUUUUUCAGCAGCUCUUUUAAGCUACCGAAAAGAUUCCUGCUUGAGACCAUUUCCAGAAUUUUUGCAAGAAGGAAGUGCUUCUAAUUCCGUGAAGAACAUGGAAAAACUGGAAUCAAUGAUAAAUUCCAUUCCACCUUUAAACGAACUAAAGAAGGGAAACAUUGUGCUUAGUGAAGAAAUAUGGCAGCUACUUCAUUGGAUCCUGAAGAAUCGGUUAUUUUCAGCAAAAACCUGUGAUAGGGAAGUGCUCAAAGAUUUGCAGGAAAAAACAGGCCAGUCGAGCUUUUCACUGCAACCUGAUUACAUCUUCGAAGUAUGUUAUACGACCAAUGCAUCUCAAACGUUCGAGCAACAGUCACGCCAUUAUGGUGUCAAAUACGGUUACCAUGGCAGUCGCAUGGAUAAUUUUUACUCGAUCACAUCAAACGGGUUACAAGUACAUAUGAUGAAGAAUGGCUUGUUCGGUGAUGGUGUCUAUCUUUGCGAAGACUUAGCCGUAACAAUGCCUUACGUUAGCGGUGGCACAUUGUGGAAGCAUUCCAAGCUGGGGCAACAAGCCUCUUGUGUGGCCGUUUGCGAAAUUCUCGAUCAUCCAGGGGUAAAAUAUCAGGAAAAAUCAGCGAAAAAUAGAAAGCGGUGUGCGGCGAAGAACACGGAAUUGGGUGAGGUACCUGAGAAAUAUUUCGUAGUGACAAGCAGUGAUCUAGUGCGAGUAAAAUAUUUGCUACUCUUUAUGGAUAAACCGACGAAAACUAGGUACCCUUGUCGUAAUCUCUCAAGUCUCUCAACAUCUCCUGUACACUCCUUUCGUAUCAGAACCAGUAAAAUCCGACCUGAGGCUAGCUGUUCUUAUUUUUUGAGACUUUUAAGCCUAAUUUGUUCUUAUUUUGUUCUUAAAUAAUAAAAACACAACUUAUUUAGCGGCAUUUUCUUCCCAUUUACAUUUUUUUUCUCAAAUAUCUCUCACAUUAAUCCGUUUAUGGGGGGAAAUGGGUGUUUUUGUUAUUAAUGGACUUCUUUACUUGUGUUCAUGAUCAAUCGAGCCGAGAUGAGUACCUUUACGCAGUUACUGUGAAAAAAAGAUCAUUGUUAGCUUGAGAGAGAAUUGGAAGGGAAUUUACAAAAUUUAUACCCAGGCUUUUUGUAAUUUCUUAAAAACAAUGAUUUAAGCCUAAAGCUGGUUCUAUUUUGUUCUUAUUAUUUUCUUAUUAUGUUCGUAUUGUUAUGAAAUUGUUCUUAUAAAGAAAAACGCGUGUAUUCUUGCUUAAAUAAUAAUAAUUUCGAUUUUACUGUGAUCAUAUCAACUUGGGCAAACUUUCAUAUUAACAUAAACUCCUUCUUGUAUGAACUUUGAAAAUUAGUUAAGAACAGGAUGAUAAAGUGAUCAAUUUUCUAUUGAGAACUUAUAAUAGGUUAUUUGAAGAAAAAUUUCGCUGCUACGGAAUUUAAUGUACCCCAGUGGAAACAUCCAGGAAAAAGAAGAAAUUCGAUAACGCGAAAGGCAUUAUUCAACCAAUUUUGAUUCACACUUUUUUAUAAGCACUAGGAAAUUUGUCUUUAACCUGAGGUGUUCUUAUUUUUUUUUACAUGUUCAGCCUGAAACUGUUCUUAAUUUUGCACCAUUUAUCGUAGUGCAUUACAGUCGCCAAAUAACAAAUAUUUGCGAUGCAGAAUCUAAGUAUCAGUUGCACAUAAUUGCGACAAUUGAUUUUGCGAACAUUUCAAGCUUGAUAAAUGUAUUCCCUCACAUUUUUUGUGUUUUUUUUUUCAGGUAAAAUAAAUAUAAUUAGUGAAAUUUCAGCCUUGCC